AUGGAGGUUGAGGCUGCGCACCUUGAGCGCACCAUCUCCGACGAGUCCACCGCCUCAGCCAAGGAGAACGAUGCUCGCAUCCACGCUUUCACCCCUGAGCAGCAGAAGAAGAUCAUCCGCCGCAUCGACUACCGUCUCGUCUUGACGCUCGGAUGUCUCUACUGUGUUUCGCUCAUGGACAGAACGAAUCUGGGCAUUGCUGUUGUGGCUGGCAUGGCCGUCGACUUGAAGCUCGUCGGCUACCGAUACAGUAUCAUCACCCUCGUCUUCUUCAUCACCUACGUCCUUCUUCAGCCGCCGGCAACCGUUGUGUUGAGGAAGGUCGGCCCGAGAGUUUUCCUGCCCACCAUCACCAUCCUUUGGGGAGUGACGAUGAUCUGCUUCGGCUUCUUGACGAACUACGAGCAGAUGCUUGGUCUCCGACUCGUGCUCGGUAUCUUCGAAGCCGGCUUCUUCCCCGGCUGCGCGUACCUGCUCAGCUGCUGGUACCCCCGCUACGACCUGCAGAAGCGUAACGCCGUGUUCUACCUCAUUGGCAGCAUGUCGUCCGCUUUCUCCGGCAUCCUCGCCUUCGGCUUCUCGCACCUUGCAGGACACGGUAACCUCGGCCCUGCGUACGGUCAGCAUUAUGCGAAGACGAAGACGGCACCGGCCGGCAUCAAGCCUGGCAUUGCUGGAUGGCGAUGGAUCUUCAUCCUCCAAGGUGUAAUUACUGUCGUCGUUGCCGUCAUCGGCGCCUUCACCAUCUGCGAUUUCCCAGACAAGGCUGCCAAGAAGACUCGCUCCUGCGCUCUGCCAUUCCUCAACGCUGAAGAGGCUGCCUUCGUCGUAGCCAGGAUUGAGCAGGAUCGUCAUGAUGCCAUUCCUGAGCCAUUCAGACUUGGACAUUACCUGAAGCAAGCCUGCGACUCGAAGAUCUGGGGUUUUGCUUGGUUGUUCGGCUUGACCACCACUUGCACCUACGCCAUCGCCUACUUCCUCCCCAUCAUCCUCAACGAGGGCAUGGGCUUCAGCGUCGGCGCCUCGCAGUGCCUGAUCGCCCCACCUUACGUCUUUGCCGCGCUCUGGAUGUACGCCUGCGCCGUCCUUGGUGACAAGUACCACAUCCGUGGCCCAUUCAUCAUCUUCAACGCUCUUCUGGGCGUUCUUGGUCUUGCUCUCCUCGGCUUCACGAAGAACGCCGGUGUUCGGUACUUCGGUGUCUUCUUGGCCACCACUUCCUGCAACUCCAACAUCCCCUGCGUCCUUACUUACCAGGCGAACAACAUCCGUGGACAGUGGAAACGUGCGCUUGCCUCUGCAACCCUCGUUGGUGCAGGCGGUAUUGGCGGUAUUGUCGGCAGCACUGUGUUCAGAUCUCAGGACAAGCCAGGCUACAAGCCAGGCAUGUACGCGACUCUGUUGGCCAGCGCCUUGAUUGUGCUCAUCACCUGUGCGCUCGAGUUCAAGUUCUGGCGGGCCAACAAGCGCGCUGCUGCCGGUGGCAAGGUGAUUGAGGGACUGGCUGGCUUCCGCUACACCUUGUAG